UACUGAUAGAACAAUGGACGCAACUAACCCUACAAGAUGCCUUAAAGUAGUCGUGGAAAUAUUCAUCUAUGCCUUGGACAUCUCUGGAACACCAGGUAACUACACGUUCAGUGGUCCAAUGGUGACAAUUCUUCACAUCAUAGAGAAGCAUCUUGGUCUGUGUUUCCAAUUGAUGAGAUCGAAACAUCGAGAGUAUGGGCGUCUCCUUCCCAACGGUUCGUGGACAGGCAUCAUGGGUCUGCUGCAGCGACAAGAGAUGGAUUGUUCCGGUACACUCUUCACGCCAACACCGGAAAGAAUUGCUACCUUAGAUUUUAGCGAGGCGAUUUAUCUCGACGAAAUGAAUGUAAUGUAUGCGCGCCCGGGUGUCAGUCCCGACGUGGCGGGAUUCAUCAAGCCCUACACACCGCUGGUGUGGCUGUUGCUGUUGCUUACAACCCUCCUAGUGUUUGCUGGCACUCAGGCUGUGCUGUGGGGCGUCGAUUUUGUGCAAAGAUCUUCUACACGAAAACAAAAACUUUCCUCCAUGGAUUCAAAUAUUCAUAUGGGUGACGAAACACAGGAUGUCUCAGAGGAUGGAGGUAAAAAAGUGAUAGCAGGAAUGCCCUUGACAAUCGACCAAUGCCUUAAAACCGUUGAGAGGUCUGCCAUGUGGACAUGGCCCGUCCUGCUAUCCCAGAGUGUAACGUGGGUACCAUCGGGAGGUUUGGCGCAGAGCCUGGUGGGUUUGUGGUUGCUGAUGUCCUUCACACUGGGGUCGGUGUAUCGCUCUAACCUCAAGGCUAUGCUCAUCUACCCCAGGAUUCAUUUCCCCUUCACCAAUUUAGAGGAACUGGCGAACUCCAACAUCCCAACUGCGGUUACUACCAGUUCUGUAAUGCAUCAGCAAAUUAUAAAUGCAGAUAACAGUUCCAGCCUUGGCAAACUCAGAGAUCAAAUGCGCUUGUACUACAGUGACCAAUCACACUUCAUAAAGGAGGAAACAUUUAGGGGCAGACACGCUGGUAUAUCUUUUGACAUGGUGCUUCGGGGCGGCAUGCAUGCUAUUUUUUCUAUGACGGGCAGGUGCAUUGUUUAUUUAAUGCCUCGAGGUUUCCUUGGUCCUGUAACUCUCAGUCUAGCCUUUCCAAAGGGCUCCCCUUUACGAAGCAGAUUUAAUCAAGUAAUUGUUAGACUACGGGAGUCGGGCAUCAUAACUAAGGCAUUCUCUGAUCGCACAAUUAAUGCCACUGACUGUAUCUCGCCCGUGAGCUCCAUGGCAAUUCCUUCAAAGCGUCCACUUCAGGUGAAGGACUUUUAUGGCAUUUUGCUGCUCUACGUCCUUGGACUUCUACUGGCAGCUGAUGUUUUCCUUGUGGAAUUGGUCUUUGUUGCUUGCAGACUAAAGGAAAUACAUUUCCCUACACCUUGGUCCAGCGACCACCUCAAGAUGCAACCACGAUAAGGAGGGAGGAAAAAAAAAAAGAUAAAAUACAAUAAAAUAAAAUAAAUUUUGGCUACACAUGAAACUGAUGACAGGGACCUAUCUUUAUCUUGUUCGACUUUUGGAAAAUGCUUUCGUAAUUCCGCAAAUCAAAGAAACUCAUGAAAUAUAUUAUUGGUUUCCUGAUUCCUUCUAUGAUCAAGUAUACUUCAUUUUCAACAGUGAAAAACAGUACUGCUAUAAAAUGUCAAGCAUGUUUUGUUCCUGACUUUUCUGUGUCAAAGAAAAAAAUCAAAACUCAAACUGGAAGUUUUAUCAUGCGUGUUUGUUGAACU